AUGGCCUCCCUUAGAAACCUCUUGGUUACCCUCUCCAUGGUGUCACUUAUGGCAUGUUUUGCCAAUGCGCAGCUUUCACCAAACUUUUAUGCCUCUUCGUGCCCUAAUCUCCAACUCAUUGUGCGUAACGCAAUGAGGGAAGCGAUUAACAGAGAGCUGCGCCUUGGAGCCUCUAUCCUCCGCUUGUUCUUCCACGACUGCUUCGUAAAUGGUUGUGAUGCAUCGAUACUUCUGGACGAUACCGCAACUUUCACGGGCGAGAAAAAUGCAGGCCCAAACCAAAAUUCAGCAAGAGGUUUUGAUGUGAUUGACACCAUUAAAACACGGGUUGAAGCCGCUUGUACUGGCACAGUAUCUUGUGCAGACAUCCUGGCGCUUGCAGCACGAGAUGGAGUUGUCUUGCUGGGAGGACCUACAUGGGCAGUCCCGUUGGGCCGAAGAGACGCAAGAACAGCGAGCCAGAGUGCCGCUAAUAGCCAAAUUCCAUCACCAUUCUCUAGCCUCUCAACCUUAAUCUCCAAUUUUGCUGCUAAAGGCCUAAAUGCUCGUGAUAUGACCGCGCUCUCUGGCCUAAAUGCUCGUGAUAUGACCGCGCUCUCUGGUGGCCACACCAUCGGCUUCGCACAGUGUUUUACGUUCAGAAGCCGUAUAUAUAAUGACACGAACAUUGCCCCAAUGUUUGCAGCCAAUCGCAGGGGCGUCUGCCCGGCUUCAGGUGGGGAUUCGAACUUGGCCCCCCUUGAUAUACAAAGCCCUAACCGGUUCGGCAACACCUACUACCAGAACCUUGUUAGUCAACGUGGGNCGGCUUCAGGUGGGGAUUCGAACUUGGCCCCCCUUGAUAUACAAAGCCCUAACCGGUUCGGCAACACCUACUACCAGAACCUUGUUAGUCAACGUGGGCUACUCCAUUCAGAUCAAGAGCUUUUCAAUGGUGGAUCACAAGAUGCAUUGGUUAGGCUUUACAGCACUAAUCCCACUGCUUUUUCUAAUGACUUUGCUGCUGCCAUGGUAAGAAUGGGCAAUAUAAGCCCCCUUACUGGAACAAAUGGAGAGAUAAGAAGAAGAUGCAGUGUGGUUAACUGA